AUGACAUCACUAAUCUCUGAAUCCUUUGAAGUUGCUCCAAAGGCAACUCCAAUUAUGGCUGACUUGCCCAAGGAGCAUUUUAUAGCAUCCGUCACGGAGGACUAUGAUGUCACGUGUUGGGGUUGUGGACUGCACCUCCUUCUUCCAUCACAUGCUCCAGUUUUCAAAUGUGGUUGGUGUGGAGCUUUAACAAAUCAGAAUGCAGGGAAACGAGAAUGCAAGUACUUUUGGUUGAGACGCUUGCGGGAUCGGUGCUUUGUCUGCAUUCUCCUCAUGUUUAUGCUCUUUGUGAUAUGUGGUGGAGUGUGGGCAGCAUUCCCUGUUCUUUUCUCUAUCAGCUAUUUCCAUGGAAUUUUUCACUCCAUCAUUACCUUCAUCUUGUCUGUAACUACUGUUUAUACAUUCAGUUCUGCUUCAUUUGCAUGUGCUGGAACACCCCCAUGCGUAGUGUGGGGUAGCUAUCCAGCUGUGGGGAAAGGUGCCCUUGAGAAUUAUACCUUCUGUCAGCUCUGCUCAAAGCCAAAGUCACCUAGAAGUCAUCAUUGCCGAUCCUGUGGAAUGUGUAUUUUGGACAUGGAUCAUCACUGCCCAUUUAUUGGGAAUUGUGUUGGUGCAGCUAACCACCGACACUUCAUUGCCUUACUCAUUUCAGUUGUCACCAGUACAUUCUAUAUUUCUGUCAUGACUGUUGCUUUUAUCCCCCAGAGGGCUUGUUUUGGUGUAUCUGUUUGUUUCAAGUGUUUCAUUGGGGAUAGGGUUGAGCAUACUUCUGUGGCAGCAACUCUGUUUUAUUUACGAGGGAAAGACCUACUUGAAUCAUUUAAACGAUGGAGUUGGAGAGAAGGAUUGCCAAAACCUUGUGCAGUUCUUUGGAUGCCCGUAUUCUUUCUCAAUAUAUUUGCCCCAUUGCUCGCUCUCAAGAUUUUUGCCAAGUUUCCGAAAGAAGACACAGAGACACAAGAAGUAGAAGUAGCAUGUAAAGGAUAA